CUAAACCCAGGAGCCCACCAUGCCUGCGCCCCCGCCUCGCCGCCGACUGCACUGCUAGGAGCAAGAGGGGCCGCGGUGAAUGCACCGGCUUCGCGGAGCGAGAACAGAACCUUGCUCGGGCACAGGGCCCCUGGCACACCAUGGCCGACUCCGACGAGGCCUUUGGCCUGGCUCACACGCCCCUGGACCCGGACUCUAAAGAUCUGCCCUGCGACGCGAAACCAGAGAGCGCCCUGGGCGCCCCUAGCAAGUCGCCGUCCUCCCCGCAGGCCGCCUUCACCCAGCAGGGCAUGGAAGGGAUCAAGGUGUUCCUCCACGAAAGAGAGCUGUGGCUGAAAUUCCAUGAAGUGGGCACGGAGAUGAUAAUCACCAAGGCGGGGAGGCGGAUGUUCCCCAGCUACAAAGUGAAGGUAACCGGCCUGAAUCCUAAAACAAAAUACAUCCUUCUCAUGGACAUUGUCCCCGCAGAUGACCACAGAUACAAGUUUGCAGAUAACAAAUGGUCUGUGACCGGCAAAGCCGAGCCUGCCAUGCCAGGUCGCCUCUACGUGCACCCAGACUCGCCUGCCACUGGGGCACACUGGAUGCGGCAGCUUGUGUCCUUCCAGAAGCUCAAGCUCACCAACAAUCACCUGGACCCGUUUGGGCAUAUUAUUCUCAAUUCCAUGCACAAAUACCAGCCCCGAUUACACAUCGUGAAGGCGGACGAAAAUAAUGGAUUUGGCUCGAAAAACACUGCGUUCUGCACUCAUGUCUUUCCUGAGACAGCCUUUAUCGCCGUAACUUCCUACCAGAACCACAAGAUCACGCAAUUGAAGAUUGAGAACAAUCCCUUCGCCAAAGGAUUCCGGGGCAGUGAUGACAUGGAGCUGCACAGAAUGUCCAGGAUGCAAAGUAAAGAGUAUCCCGUGGUUCCCAGGAGCACAGUGAGACAAAAGGUAGCCUCCAACCACAGCCCUUUCAGCAGCGAGCCUCGGGCUCUGUCCACCUCCUCCAACUUGGGGUCCCAGUACCAGUGUGAGAACGGUGUCUCUGGCCCCUCACAGGAUCUUCUGCCUCCGCCCAACCCGUAUCCCCUGCCCCAGGAGCACAGCCAGAUCUAUCACUGCACCAAGAGGAAAGAUGAAGAGUGUUCCACCACAGACCAUCCAUAUAAAAAACCCUACAUGGAGACCUCUCCCAGUGAUGAGGACCCUUUCUACCGCCCCAGCUACCCCCAGCAGCAGGGCCUGAGCGCCUCCUACAGGACAGAGUCCGCCCAGCGGCAGGCCUGCAUGUACGCCAGCUCCGCACCCCCUAGUGAGCCGGUGCCCAACUUGGAGGAUAUCAGCUGCAACACAUGGCCCAGCAUGCCCUCCUACAGCAGCUGCACGGUCACCACUGUGCAGCCCAUGGACCGGUUGCCCUACCAGCACUUCUCUGCCCACUUCACCUCGGGGCCCCUGGUCCCUCGGUUGGCUGGCAUGGCCAACCACGGUUCUGCACAGCUUGGAGAGGGAAUGUUUCAGCACCAGACCUCUGUGGCCCACCAACCUGUGGUCAGGCAGUGUGGGCCCCAGACUGGCUUGCAGUCCCCAGGCAGUCUGCAGCCCCCCGAGUUCCUCUACUCUCACGGCGUGCCUAGGACCCUGUCCCCACACCAGUACCACUCUGUGCAUGGAGUUGGUAUGGUGCCAGAGUGGAGUGAGAACAGCUAAAGUGGAACCUGCAUCACCAUAGACACCUACCAGAGAGAGAGAAAGAGAAAGAAAAAGAGACAGAAGGAGAGAAACAGUGACAAAGAGAACUCCGUGGACAAGAGACUUCGAGUGCCCCCAAGACCACCUCUGCCCUC